UUUAAAUUGUUUUUGUUGUUGAAUAAAAAAUCAUCAGUCGGAGAAAAAUCGUUGUAAAAUGGCUCAAAACCAGGCUGGAACUGAUUUAAAGAAGCCGGAAACAGGUGCGACAGAAAGUUUUUCCAGCGAUCAUCUUUUUGUGGUGCCAGAAAAACAGAUAAAAAAUGCCUUGGACAUGGGUAAAUGGCAGCGUUCGGAGACUUUUUACCAAAUCCUUGAGUUUAUCGGGAACAUCAGUGAAGCUGUGCAAGGCAAGCGUCUCACCGAGAACUUUUCCAUAUCCGAGCCGUGUCAAAAAAUCAUGAAUUUACUGAAAAAACUCGAGCAACUUGCGAUUGAGACACCGCCAGUCGAGCAACCACAACGUUUCGGUAACAUGGCAUACCGCCAGUGGCACCAAAAAAUGUCCAAUAGUUCCUUAGACCUCAUCAAAGAUCUUCUCCCGACGAAUUUACAUGACGCUGCCAAAGAGCUCGACGUUUAUCUCCGCGAUUCCUUUGGAAAUGCCACAAGAAUCGAUUACGGCACGGGUCACGAACUCAAUUUUGUCAUGUUUUUGAUGGGACUUUUCAAAAUUAAUGUUCUCACGAAGGCAGAUCAACUGGCUGUCGGUCUCAAAGUCUUCGAUUUGUAUCUAAACUUUUGUCGCAAGCUGCAAGUGACUUAUCGGAUGGAACCUGCUGGCAGUCACGGCGUUUGGAGUUUGGAUGAUUUUCAAUUUGUGCCGUUUAUUUGGGGCAGUGCGCAAUUUGCCAUCAAUUCUCCCAUCGAACCUGUGAAAUUUGUCGAAGAUAAGGUGAUCGAUGAGUUGCGGAAGGACUUUAUGUUCGUCAGUUGCAUCGAUUACAUUCGUCAAGUGAAGACGGGCAACUUUGCCGAACAUUCAAAUCAAUUGUGGAGUAUUAGUGCCGUUCCGAGCUGGACCAAAAUCUGCACUGGAUUGAUAAAAAUGUAUCAAAAAGAGGUUUUGGGCAAAUUUCCGGUGGUGCAGCACAUUUAUUUUGGAUCUCUGUUCAAGUUGGAUGCGAUGCCGCCCAAUACCAGGCUUCCUGUGUGCCGUUUGGGCAUUAUGGGAUCCAUGGGACCACCACCUCCGAUGCCGAAUUGAAUAAUUUCGUUACUGUUCGAAUAAAAUUUGUUUGUUAUCCAUGAAUUUUUGAAAUUUUCCGACAAAAAUUUAACGAAUUUCAAAUUCAAAAUAUUUUUGUAAUUGAAAUGUUUGCUGGAUCGCAACGAAAUUCCAAUAACUAGAUGUCUUAUAAG